AUGGGUGCAGCCAGCUCCAGACCCGCUCGCCAUAAAACAGCCAAGUUAUUGAUUCUGGGCCGGCAGUUCUCUGGGAAAUCCACCCUGAUCAAUUACCUAAAAACCAACUCGUUUACUGUUGUCAAUCCCACAAUCAACUUCACUGCAGAGAAAUACAAUAGAUAUGAAGUUAUAGACGUGGGUGGCUCGGCUGAGAUGAUGCAGCUGUGGAGUGAGCACUACUCAGGCACGCAAACGUGCCUCUUUGUGGUCGACGGGACAAGCCCGCUCGAUCAAGCGCGGGAUCUGAUAAAGGACAUAUUGGGGCACACGGACAUGCGUGCUUCCCGUUUUGCAGUGGUAGUAACGAAAAUAGACCAGCCUGGGGUGUCGCAAAAGGCCGAUUAUUACAGGACCACUUUACAACUGGACAAAGACCGCGUCCAAGAGGUUUUUAUGUUUUGUGGGCUGGACGGCCAAGGCUGUGACAAAAUUGCGCAGUGGCUCGAUGUGCCAAAGCAGCCUUGA